AUGAAUACCAUUCGAUCACAUUUUUCUCUCUCGGAAUGGAUGUACGAUACUUUACGAGGUGUUACUUUCAACACAAGCUCCCACAUAUCAUCCAUCGAUAACCCUAAGCCCAAAUCACCGAAGCCGGAUGAUAAUCAAUUCCAGAAGUUGAUUGAUGGUGCUUUGUUCAACGAGAAAAUUAUCAAUACUUAUCCAUUGGCGAUUUUGGGGAUUGUUUUGAUACUUUCGGUCGUACAUUGGUCGGGAGAGAUUAUACGAUGGAGAAAGCGGGCUUUACGGAGGGCAGGGCCUCGAUAUUCUUACGACUUACUUGACGAUGAACCAUCUAAGACGAUUCGAGAUGAUGUAACAGAGCAUAGCGGUGUUAGUUCACCAGGAAGCAGUACUUUGGGAUCGAUUACCCCUCCUCUAAAACCUGAUGGUUGGGAUGAAUAUACACCUCUAUUGCACCGCCAGAACCGCAAGAGCCUCGAAUCGAGUCGAAGCACGAUUACAUCCCGCAUCAAAGCAUUCCUGAUAUAUCAACCUCGACCAAUCCCAUAUUUCAACAAAGUUCUCCCUUCAAAUGGCUCCUCACUAUUUAUCCUGUCAUUUCUCGCUUUAAAUCUAUUCUACACCUUCUACAACAUCCCAUUCACCACUUUCGAAGCCUCCGUACUUGGGGAUCGAGCUGGCUUAGUCUUUGCCGUCAACCUACCACUUCUCUAUAUCCUCGGUGCAAAGAACCAGCCACUGAAGCUUUUAAUUGGCGUUUCAUAUGAGUCCUUGAAUAUUAUUCAUCGACGACUUGGAGAAUUGAUGAUGUUCGAGGCGCUAAUUCAUGCCGGCGGGAUGUUCGUGAUGUGGUAUACGAUCUUAAAACCUUUUAGAGGUUGGACAUUGUUCGAAUACCUAUCUCAUCCAUGUAUCUAUUUGGGACUGUCAGCUUUAUUCACGUAUAAGUUGUUGUAUGUAACGUCACUGGCUUCAUUUCGUCAGCGGUGGUAUGAACUUUUCUUGGGAUUACACGUUGUGUUGCAAGCUGCAGCUUUAACCAUUCUGUAUUUUCAUCACCGGGGAGCGAAAACUUCUGUUGGAUUAGCUCUUUCGAUAUUCAUUGUUGAUCGUUUGGUUUUUCGUAUUGGCACAAAAAGUAUCAUGGCUGAGGCCAAUGUCAGUGUCUUCGAGGAUAAUGAAACAAUCCUCAUGACCUUCCAUCUCCCCAAAUCCCCCAGCAACAUGCUCUCCCAAACCCUCGGCCACUCAAUCUCCUCCGGCUGGCACGCAACCGACCACAUCUUCCUCACCAUUCCCUCCCUCGGCUCUACCCACGCCCUACAAGCCCACCCUUUCACCAUCGCCUCUCCAGCUCCCCUUCUAUCCUCCCAAACCUCCAAACUAUCCCUGCUAAUCCGAGCCCGCGAUGGUUUCUCCGCCGAUCUCCUUCGAGCCGCCCAUAUCAAAAAGACUCUAAAAUGUCGACUCGAUGGUCCAUACGGCAGUAGUCACGCGAGAAACCUUCUCGAGGACUCGGAUCUUGCGAUUAUGGUUGCGGGCGGCAGUGGUAUUGCGGUUAAAUGGCCCAUUGUGCAUCAUCUUUUGGAUCUCGAGAGGGAUACCAAAGAUGCUGAGAAUGGGGCGCAUGCGAAUGUGAGGAGACGGAGAAUUGUGCUGGUUUGGAUUAUUCAUGAGGGGUCGCAUCUUGAAUGGAUAGGUGCUCAAGAGAGGCAGGAGAUGGAGAAUCAGGGGGUCGAGAUCAUAAUACCGGGUGCGACGUCAGAAGUCGGUAGACCGGAUUUAGAAGGGAUGAUGGAGGGGAUAGUGCGUGGGUGGGGAUGUGGGAAGGAGGGGAGAAUUCGAAGGAAGAUUGGGGUUGUGGUUAGUGGGCCGGAUGGGUUGAAUAGGACGGUUAAUAAUAAGUGUGCGGAAUUUGUGAAAGGAGGAAGGAAUUUGAAAAUAGCGGUUGAGAAGUUUGGGUGGUGA